CCACACAGUCAGACACACAGAGGGGCUCAGGACUCAAAGUCUGGACUGUCUGUCUGCUUUUCCUGCUGUUUGGCAUCAAAUCAUGGGAUAGAGGCAGCUCUGAUCUCUCAGGGGUUUCUGCACAGCUGUGGAGGAGGAUGUCUGUGGAACUCGCCGUACACUUUUCCACUCUCCGCAUCGGGGAUUACCAUGGGAAUAGAGUGUUGUGUGUGUGUGUCCAGCACUAUGCCCGCCUCUGAUGGUCUUCAGUCUAGCAGCACAAGUGGCUCACCAUGAGAGGAGGUCAGCACCAGCGAAGCUGUGGGUGUCAGCACCUGUUCCGAAAACUACUCGGUAAAUGUGGCUGCUGCUUUGUCCGAGUCAGAGCUGAAUCCUACUCUGUGGCGGGCAGCGACGGCAGUAUUGGCCCUUCGGCGGGCCCGGCGCCUCACCAGCCCUCAGGCAGCUCCAGCCCCUGCUCGCACUCCCCGUCUGGAGGGCCGCCGCAUCCCGUCAGCACCCUGAAGAAAUGGCUCACCAAUCCCGUCCGCAAGCUGAGCGCCGAUGCCAGAGGUGCAACGGGAAAGACUGAGAAGCAGAUGUCCAGGUCAGACGGGAGGCAGCCGCCAUUGCUGGUUUCCCACAACGAGGCCCAGCAAAAACCAGCGGAGCCGCAAAAUAGCAACACCAUCCUUCCCUCCGGAGACACGAGGUGGAAACUUGGCCCGUUGGGUCAAGAAACUCAAUCACAGUCAUCCUGCCAGAGCUGCUUAUCCGACCUCCUGCAAGGCAGAGACGUGCAAAAUCUGAGUCAAAAGGCCAACGCUAACAGUCUGCAGGACGACGACAGUUGUAUUGCGACUGAUGACUCGGGCAGCCAGUGGUCGGCCGUGGUGGACAGUGAAGAAGAGAGAAGCCUGGCUUUAGAGAAGAGCAUAUACGUGAUGACAGAGCUGAUCGAAACGGAAAGAUUGUAUGUUGACGAUCUCGGACUCAUAGUUCAGGGCUACAUGACCACUAUGACCAAUCAGGGAGUUCCAGAGGACCUGAGAGGAAAAGACAGGAUUGUGUUUGGAAACAUCCAUCAGAUUUACGACUGGCACAAGGAUUACUUCCUGGGAGAGCUGGAGAAAUGUGUGGGUGAUCCAGACACCCUGGCCCAGCUGUUCAUCAAACACGAGCGACGUCUUCACAUGUAUGUGGUUUACUGUCAGAACAAACCCAAGUCAGAGCACAUUGUCUCCGAGUACAUCGAGACCUACUUUGAGGACAUCAGGCAGCAGCUGGGUCACAGGCUGCAGCUCAACGAUCUGCUGAUCAAACCUGUUCAGAGGAUCAUGAAGUAUCAGCUCCUACUAAAGGACUUCCUGAAAUACUACAGCAAAGCUGGCAGGGAUGUGGAGGAGCUGCAGAGGGCUGUGGAGGUGAUGUGUUUUGUGCCAAAACGCUGUAAUGACAUGAUGAAUGUUGGAAGGCUACAAGGGUUUGAGGGGAAAAUCACAGCUCAGGGGAAGCUCCUCCAGCAGGACACUUUCUCCGUCAGCGAGCAGGAAAGCGGUCUGCUGUCCAGAGCGAGGGAGAGGAGGGUUUUCCUGUUCGAGCAGCUGGUCAUCUUCAGCGAGCCCAUCGACAAAAAGAAAGGCUUCUCUCUACCAGGCUACAUAUUUAAAAACAGCAUUAAGGUCAGCUGUCUGGGUGUGGAGGAACACUCUGAAGAGGAUCCAUGCUGCCUCGUUCUGACUUCCCGGGGGACCGAUGGCAGCGUGACACGCUUCAUCAUGCACGCAGCGUCUCCAGAAAUACAGCAGGCCUGGCACAACGAUGUCGUCCAGAUCUUAGACACUCAGAGGAACUUCCUCAACGCGCUGCAGUCCCCGAUAGAGUACCAACGCAAGGAAAACAAGUCCAACAGCCUGGGCAGGAGCGUGAAAUCUCCAGCUGCUCCAGCAUCUGGGUUUCGGCCUCACUCCUCAGCAUCCAUGGACAGACGGCAGCAGCCCUGCCUGCUCUCUUACAACGCCUCCCUGCCCUCUCUGCAUUCCAGCCAGCACCACUCAGCCUCCAAGGCGGUUUCUAACCCAGACGCAGUGACCCUCGGAGGAGGGCAUCGUCCACUCGCCUCCCUCCAGCAGCUCAGCUCGUCCUCCGAGGCGAGGCCCAACUACAGCACAUCCAACGGCCUCCCGCCCUCCUGAAGCCGGCAUCCGCCUCCAGGGAGUGACUGCCAGUUCCCAGGCCGUCAGGUUUGAUGUCAGCGAGACAUAUUCAACAGUGAAGAAGCGCCCGUACCGGCUGAAGAGAGACGUGAGAGCGAGCUGCGGCAGUCUGGAAGGACUGUGAACUCGCUUCACCUUUCUAGAGCUGCUGCUGGCCUCGAUAAGGCUCCGUUUGUUUCACUCCCAGAGGGAACGUCAAAUUUCUUUCAAGUGUAAUUGUGGAGGAGGCUGAUCAGGAUUUUAUUUUGUGUAAUCACACAUGCACAUGCACACAUACAGAUACUGAAAUGUUUCAAAUAUGGUGAUGGUUCUGCUCUGCUACAUUUGUAUUAAUGUCUUACUUUUCCAGUGAAAACUCCUGAACAGAUAUUUUUGUAACACAGUAUUUUUCUUAAGUGACCAGUUUUACUUUAUUCCCUCAGAGAUGUCAAAACCCUCGACGCUUCACGACUCUUUGUCCUCUGUGAAGCUGGCGUGAUCGUGAACUUCAGCGUCAUUCUAGGAUCGGAUGUCACGUGGCUCCUGUGUAUCUGUGCAUUUUCCUGAAGAUUAGCAAACACUCGUGUUUUCCGUCUGGUGUGCUAUUUUCACUCCGCCAUUGUCAGUGUUAUCUGGACUCCACACAUUCGCACCGUCAGGCAGAGCAUGAAUCACAAUCGAGCAGAAA